AUGACGACUCUUGUGCCCCGCGAGCCUUACUCCAAGGAAGAGCUCGAGAAGCUCUAUCCAAAGGAGCUUCAGCUUCAAUUGGUCCAGGUGCAAUUGGAUCUAAGAACGGUUAUUCAAGGUGAACGGACGCCGGUCUCCUCGCGAUUCCAGAAUGCAGGCCUCGCACCAUAUUGGCCGUAUUGCAAUGUCGCGCGUCGGAUGAUCCAGAUGGCAGCCAGCGAGAAAGACCUCUCAUCGUGGAAUGGCUUUCAAUGGCGAAGAAAAAUGGAAGCCUUUGGUGACAGAGACGAGUCGGUUGUUGCCGUGGGUGCGACCGGUGACAUAGAGGGUAUCUGCCAACAUGGUGAAUUGACAGAUAGAGGGCGGGAGACUACAUUUGAGCUGGGUCAGCGUCUGAGACAUCUAUAUGUCGAUCAGCUCGGUUUCAUGCCAAAGAUCAAAUCGGAUACGGAAGAUAUGUAUCUUCGCGCCACGCCUAUCCCUCGAGCUCUCGAGUCUCUCCAACAAGCCUUCUGGGGCAUGUACCCGGCCAGUGCGCGUACGCAAGACUUCCCUCCACCGGUGAUUGUUGCUCGCUCUUUCUCGGAUGAGACACUCUUUCCCAAUGAGGGUAACUGCCGGCGGUUCAGGCAAUUAGCCCGGCUGUUCGCUGAUCGUGCCGCGAAAAGAUGGAACGAAUCCGAACAAAUGAACUACCUCAAUAACCUCUGGUCUAAGUGGAUGCCAGAUGCCUCUCCCCAAAUCGCCGUCGACUCCCACCCCCGCCUCUCCGGUAUCCAAGACACGAUCAACGCGACCGACGCUCACGGCCCCGCCACGAGACUACCCGCGGAGUUCUACGACAAGAAAGCCCGCGAGUACACCAACACCAUCGCUGUUGACGAGUGGUUCGCCGGAUACACAGAGAGCAGGGAAUACCGGAAACUCGGGAUCGGUGCCCUUAUGGGCGACGUGGUGGACCGCAUGGUCAACGCCGCUGCCAACGGCGGCUGGCGCAGCGAGCGCUCCGCCUCCGGCUCGUCCGCAGAGAACGGCAAGGCGAUCAAGUUCGCCAUGAGUGGGUGCCACGAUACCACCCUCGCCGCUAUCCUGGGCAGCGUGGGCGCCUUUGACGCCAAAUGGCCGCCUUUCACCUCUUCCAUCGCUAUUGAACUCUUCUCCCGUGCGGAGAACCCACCUCCGUCGUCGCCUUCCCCAUCCGCCAAGCAAAGAGGUCUCCUGUCGUACAUCACCGGUCAUGAUGCCUCGCCGUCGUCUGACACAGACCGCGCCCCGCUUUCGUCUCUCCCAAACUCAACACGUCAGGCGCUGCAGAACCACUACGUGCGUAUUCGGUACAAUGACCGCCCCGUCCGGAUUCCCGGCUGCGCAGCGAAAGCGGAGAACCAUCUCCCUGGCGACGAGACGUUCUGCACGCUCAAUGCGUUCAAGGAGAUUGUGGAUAAGUUCACGCCCAAGAACUGGAGGGAGGAGUGUGUACAGAAUCUGGGGGAGGGGCUGUACGGUAAGGACGAUGCGGAGAAGGCUGUUGCCGGGUUUUAG